AUGACAUCAUCAGCAGCUUCAAAGUCAACUCUUACUAAAAACUCCAACAACAGCAACAAUAACAACGAUACAGAUGGCCUUAAUACAAACUCAGAUGAGCCACCAGUUCUGUCCAGGUGUCCUUCACCUUUAUAUGUCAGUUACGAUGAUGACGACGACGAUGAUGACAACAACAACACCAUACACUAUUGUGCUGUUGAGCAGAGUAAAUUCUCUAAGAAGAAAAAUAAAAUGUAUUGCACCAAUAAGAAGUCGUCAUCUACGACUAGGCAUAGACAUCGUCCAAUGAGAAAAAAAUUAAAGUACUUUGCCAACACAUCUCCGCCGCGAUUGGUUAAAAAUGUCCUUGAACCUGUUCGUCAGACUUCCAGUUCAAUUGGCAAGAUGUUGAGAUCGAAACUAAUGAAAAGCAACAAAGACAAGAAUGCUUGUCGCAGGAGCAAUGAAGCCCAUAGAAACAAAAGUUUCAAGUGCAAUGAAAAAUUAAGAAGAGGAAAAUCAAAGGAUGAUGGUAUUGGUGAUGUUAAGCAACAAAAUUUUAAUAAUAAUGACGAGGAAGAUGAUGAAGAUGACGGUGAUUCACUGAGUUGUAAAAAGAAAAUGGCUCAUACCGAUGAUUAUUUGGAGUUAACAAAUAACAACAUCAUGCCCGAGCUGGUAAAGAAUGUUUCACAACCAUCUUCAUCAUCGUCACCCAUAGCUACCUCGUCACCAUCACAUGUGGACCCAUCUUCGUCUGAUAAGGAGAUGCCAAAUCUAAUCACCGAGACAUGUUUUAUUGAAAGUAAUGCUAAACAUGAUGACGACGGUGCCAAAGUAAGUACAAAGUGUCAUCAAAAGAGUAACCCGAUCACCAAGUUGAAUAAUGCGGGAAGUAAAAAGGGAGAACGAACUACAAACGACAAUGUGGCUGCUUAUGUGGAUGCUGCAGAUAGACCAGGCGCCGCUGAUGAGACUGUAGUUGGUUCUAAAAAGAUGGAGGAGAAUGGUGAUGCCAUGGAUUCUCUGUCGUGCUCACGGGAUGUCGAUGAUUACGACGAUGACGACAUCAUGAUCGACUGUGAGGAAGUGGAAAUCAGCACGGAAGAUGGUGAUGAGGAUGAGGAGAAAGGAGGAGAGAGUGAGAUGGCUACUGCAAUUUGUAACGAUGCAAAUGGGGACACUAAUGCUGAUGAUUGCAGUAUCAUUAAGAUGAUAGGCCCUGGUAUCAUCUGUGAUAAGACAGUUGGGAAUAAAAACAACAAGAGAUGUUUCGUGGAGAGAGAAGAUGAAGAUGUUGAUGAUGAAGAAACUGAUGAUGAUCAUCAUGCUAAGAAGAAAAUUAAACUGGAUGUAGCAUCAUCGUCGUUAUCAUCUCUGCUAUCGUCAUCAUCAUUUUCAUCGUUGUUAUCAUCAUCUUCAUCAUCGUUAUUUUCAUUGUCGACAUCAUUAUCACCAUCGGCUUCGUGUCAUUCAGUCAUAUGCAUUAAAGCUCCCAACAACAUCUUUACCUUCGUCUUCAUCUUCAACGUCAUCUUGUCAGUUUUUGCCAUUAAAACUCAGCCCACCAGUUUGACGCCCAAACUUACACCACCACUACCACCACCAACAUCUGGGUUGUGGCUGACAACUGUCAAUCAACAUUUUUUUUCAACUUCCGUAACGUCGUCUGUCGCCAUAACUCCGACUUUCAUACAAUUAAAUGGCACAACUACAAGCGCUACAGAUGCUAAUUUGUUACGAACAACUGCAUCUACUGCUGCUACAGCUUCCGCUACCAUUUCCGCCACAGCCACUCGGCUUCCAAGAUCGCUAUCGUCACCACCUGUAGAGUUUAUGCUAAAGAGCGCUCAUGUCAUCAUUGAGAAGCUUAAUCAUCUUAAAUCACCAUCACUGCCAUCAUCGCCAUCACUAUCGUCAGCAACGAGCACUGCAGCGGCUGAUGAUGCGGCUCCCGUUGCUGCUGCUGCUGCUGAUGAUAAUGAGGACAGAUCUCGAUGA